CACGGACUAUUGGUUUUGUAAAUGCGAUAGUAUUGCUUUGCGCUUUAUAAUUUUUUCGUUAUGUUUCGUCCAUCAUUUUUGUUCUUGCUUCCGUUCGCGCUGUUCGAGUCGGCCUGUGCAGCAACAAUAACAUCAGCGCCACCCUUUCCAACCACAAAUGCUACAUCGACCUCAGUGUCUCCAUCUACAUGUCCAACCGGAAAGUGCGCGUUCAAGCUCCCCGUCGGAUCGCAGCUUCAAUGGUUCAGAUUUUCUCCUUCAACGACAAUUGUCGCUGCGACGGUUUCUGUCUUUAUUGUUAACGGCACGAAUACAACUUCGACCACUACAAUCUUCAAUGAUCUACCAUCAGGGAUCGCGCCGCCUCCCACGAACGCAGCUGGGACACGGACGACGGUAGUUACCAGCUUCGCCGGUGGAACUGUUGAAGUCAUAUCCAACAGGUUGGGCAGACUACGAUUCUCUCGUAACAUGGUCCGGAACGCUAUUAACAAAGGGCAUAUGCUCGACUGAAACAGGAUCAGUCAUCACACUUGCACCGCAUUCAGCUAUUCCAACAAGUCUUCUCCAGGAGGUGACUACCGAUGCUACAGAUCCAGAAGGCA